AUGCAUGCAACCGAAAGGAGUCGCAACUCCACCUGUUCCACAGACAAUGGAUCCUCCCACUCACACGACCACGCUCGCCUCACGCACGUAGUCUCGAACCUCUCCAUCGUGUCCGACUCUCCCAAGCACAAGCAGGUCGAGUCCGGCGUCUCUGUCUCCACGUCCGAUGCAAACCACGACUUCGCCACCCAGUCCUUCUCGCAAAUGCAGCCGCAGCUCGCUCCAACGUCCUCCUCGUCCCCAUCUUGCGACAAGCAGCUUUCCGCGGCAGCAACUGUGCAUCUCAACACGCUCUUGACCACGGGCCAGCGCAAGUCAUGGAAAUUCGCUCCCAAUGACACCAUCGACGUGGUCCGAUCACAUAUCUGGAACAAAUGGCCUGCAUCCUGGCCCCAGCCAAGACCAGAAUCGGCCGCUUACCUCAGGCUGCUCCACCUCGGUCACAUUCUCGAUGAUCCCAAGCUCACGCUCGCAUCACGAGGCUGCAAGCCUGGCGCCACCACCGUAGUGCACAUCAUCAUUCGAUCCAUUCCUCCACCAUCAGAGCCGGUCAAAGUCGAGCAGGAAGCGCCCGUCAAGACCGCACAGCCAGCACGACCGCCUUCGCGCAAUCACCAGCAGGAGGACACGCCCGGUUGCAGCUGCGUCAUCUGCUGA